AUGGUCACCACUCGACGCGGCGCCCGUUCCUCCGCCGUUCAGGACGAAAGCAGUCCAGGCGAAGCCUCCAUCGCGUCCAUUCCAAACGCCAUCAUCCGCCACCGUGCUCCGGUUGGGACUCCCGCCGCGCUGAGACCCUCGAGGGAGCCGACAGUGGGACUGGUCAAUACUGUUAAGAGAGAGCGAGACCCUAGUGCUACGUCAGAUCUACCACGGCAUAAACGCCGAAGACCAGUCACCGACGUCCUGGAUUCAAUCGAGGUGCAGGGGGAGGACGACGAUGUUGACGCGGCAAUCACCGCUACAAAUACGUGCCGUACAGCGAACUUCGAGAUAGUUUUACCCAGCGUCCGAAUGCCGCGGAGCAACGACCAGAUUAUCUCGACAAAGGCUCCCUUGGAACACUCAGCGAAAAUCACGACCGCCCGCCCGCUCCGUACCAGACGUUUAAGGCGCCAUAUACAAAGUCGUGAGAGUCCGCCUCGCUCACCGCAGCCCAGAGAUCAUGCUGCUGAGCAGAGGCGGGAAGGAGCCCCUGCCAAACCUCUUGGCAGCCCAGAAUUGCAAUUAUCGGCGCUGAAACGCCGGGGAUCAAAACCUCUGACUGAUGUCUACGACAUUACCGAUGAUGAAGACUCCGAGCCUGCCAGUCCCCCCCUUGUCCGACGCCCAAGAACCAUCAAUGGCUUGGAGCUGCGCAGUCAACUCAACGUGCCAAGGAGACGAGCGCCCCAGCAAAGGAACGAGCUCUCGCAUGUCCGCGAAAUGGAGCGAGCGCCGCCAGGCAACCCAGUCUCAUCGGAAGCCCCUCUUUUCCUUGGUGAUGACCAAGACCGCGAGCUACUGCAGGACACGGAUGGCGCGGAAGAGGCUCAACAAGAGACCCAUGAAUCCGAUGAAUACAACGAGUCGGAAGAGGGCCAAGAUAUUGACGACGAAGCGCAUGCUGAUGGUGGUCGCUCACAAGUUCCCAGGACCCCAGAUUUUGUGGGCGUCCGAGUCCGUCCUUAUCUCCCGUCAGAGCCCACUAUUGCUGUGUUCAGCGAUCACCUCAACAAAAUGUCAGAGAUUAUGGGUAGACGAGGAUGGACGGGCGCAGGUCGUAGGUGGAGGCGUGGUUUCAACGUAUUGGACUCUGGAGAUCAACCGCCAGCCCGCACAGGGCUCGGGAAAAGCCUCUUCAGGUCUCUCGCCGCCCUCACAGACAAGUUGGAGGAAGUCCCAAAUGCAAUGGACCUAACUGGUCAAUCGCAAUUUCUUGCCGAGCACCACCAAUACCUGCAAACGGCCAUGUCGAAGGUCGACCGGGCAGUAAAUAAAAUCGAAAGUUUGGCAGUGCGGCCCGAUGCAAUGAUGGAAGAUCUCUCGAGCUGCAGUAUCCCGAUGCUCGUUUUCGUCUUGCGGCGCGCGUUCGCCAUGGGGGCCAAGGAACCCGACGCCGUGGUCAACGACUUCGCCGCAGCCGAAGGCAUCUUUACCUGGACGACCAUACAGUACGUGAUGUUCAUCUUUGGGUGGGUAUCCCGCCUGCUCAAUGUUUUGAUCCCUGAGAUGCGUCAGCAGGGGAAAAACGAUGCAAAUUCCCGAUCGUUUCAACCCUAUGACCCCGAGGACGAGAAGAAGAACCGGGAACUCGUUGGCGUCAUGGUCAGGAAGUGGAAACAACAGCUCAGGGCAGGGGUGGACAGUUUCAACGAACAAGUUGACGCGAUCCGAGAACGCAGGGAGAAAAAGCAGAGGGACGCCCGCAUUAAGGCGGCACGGGAGCAGGAACAGGCUGCUGAGCUUGCGCGCCACAGGCAGCGGGAGAUGGCGUUUGCGUCGUCGAUCCAGGAGAUCACGAGCCGGCCCCGUCCCAUGGCCGAGAAGUUCCGCAGGGUUCUGCAGCAGCCGGCGUUUUCGCCCGCUAACAGCCAGGUUCUCACCGUUACGGAGCGGUUAACUCCCGGCACCGGCGCCCGAUUUCGCCAUUCCCACUCCUCAACCGCGUCGCGGCUGCUUCACCCUCCAGCGCCGACGCAGAAGGCAGCUCCACUCCCCGCGCCGGCGGAUAAUCCGCCCUGGCCGGAUGCCGAAGUGGAGUGGUUCCUGGGCGAGCUGAGGAGGCCGAACGGAGGCAGCCGCUACAACCUAGAGGUGUGUGCCGAGACGCUGGAUCGGACGAUGAGGGAAGUUAGGAUGGAGAUGGAGCGGUUGAGGAGGUUAGGGCUGUAUCGGUCCCCCAGUCGGGGCCACUGACUGCUCAAGAGUCUGUUGCAACACAGGUCGGUCGCUUUGUACUGGGGUUGGGUGUGGAUGGUUUUGGACCGUGGGAUGCGUCUACAGAGUUUUGCUCGGCCACGACUGAUACCCCUUUGCUUUGAUACCAUUUGUUUCUCGUCUAUCAGCAUCAGCCGCGUGAUUGAAGAGGCGAAUUUAACUGUUACUUUGGCGUUGCCAACCAGCGAGCG